GUUUAUUUGCGCGGUUCACACUUAUUUUUCAAUCUGCCCACGCAAAGCACUUGGCAACCUGCACGCUGCUACCCCAACUAUGUCGUGACGACAUAGUAUGGCUGUCAAGCCCAAGGCAUGAUCAGCUGGUGGAGUGCCACGUGCAGUUGCACAGACUCGCAGCGCGAUCCGCCGCCUUUCCUGGAGGAAGUUCAAUCGUUUCCAUUGGGAAGCGACGGCACCGUAAUCGCCGUUAGCGAUGCAGAUGGGAUGCGAAUACGCCGAUCAUCUUCCAGCACUCAAGGUCAGGAGGGAUUUCAAGCUGCCCCGUCAGUACAGCCGGAAGAACUUCCUCCCGAUGAUGUGCCGCUGCUUUGUGUCUCCUUGGAGCCGAGCCCGAGCUCGUCUCGACCUUCAGAGAUUUUUGCGGAGAACUUACAGCGGGAGGAGCCGAUCGAGGCUCCAGAGGACCCCCUGGAAGAGAUGUCUGGUUGGUUGAUGUGCUAUGGUGAGCCCAGCAGCGGAAACCGCUUACAGGUCACACGCCUAGCAAAGGCAUCGGCUGGCACUCCUGUUGCAGGAUUCUUUUGGAAAAAGCGUUACAUCGUGCUGAAAAACUCCCAACUCCUGUGCUGGGCCACACAACAGCAAGGUCCGAAAAAGCAAGCACCAUCCGCCAUUCUGAUCUUGUCACAACUAGAAGAAGUCGCUGUGGAAGGCAAAACACUCUCCCUCCACAUGCGCAAUCAGAAGCUUGCGCUACAAGCAAGGGCGGACACAGAAGAAUUGGCCAACAAGUGGGCUGCUGCGGUCAAGAGCCAUGCAGGACGUGCAAUCAGCAAAAGCUUGCCACCCGGCUGGGAUGUGGAGGCCAUGCUGAGCAGUGGGGUCGGUGGUUCUGCAGCAAAACUUGUCAAUAAGGAGCUCCUGCCCUCGACGUGUCAUCCAGCCUUUCAAAAGCUUUUAGAUCAUUGCUUCGUUUGCAAGUCAACCAAAGACCGUCGUGGCAACACUGUCCCCCUCAGACUAGAGAUUGUAGACGCAGUGCGUGUUCAGAAUGGUGCUGCAUGGAUGGAGUAUAGCAAGGCAAGGACGCGGAUCUGUGAGAAGGUGUUUGAGAACAACGAAUGGCUGAAACAGGGCUUGGACUCGGAGUCCUGCAGUUCAUUUACAAACUCCGAAGGGCGUCCCAGUCGCAUUGACGCAGCCAGCCAGGGCAGUGAUUCAGCUUCUUUUCAAUGGGAUCCGUUUGGAAUGCAGACGCCUUUGCUCACAAGUACCUUGGAUUUGAAGGCUCUCCAAGAGAUCCUGGGAAAGACAGAUCUAUCUUCGAACGAACAGUGGCUUUUCCACGGCACUUCGAGAGAGGCAGUGGAGAAUAUUUCUGAUCGAGAGUUUCGACUGGAUAAAGCUGGAAGUCACAGGGGGACGUUGUAUGGAAAAGGCAUCUACUUUGCCGAAUGCGCCACGAAGGCAGACGAGUACUGUGUUGAAGAUGCAGACGGCUAUUGUUGGAUGCUUCUUUGCCGUGUUGCUCUCGGGACGGUCAUGGUUUGCAAGGAGAAGAAGCCAUCCCCUGAUAUCCUGGAGCAAUGCAUCGCCGGGAAGUAUGAUUCUCUCAUUGGCGAUCGCUGGACUGCAGUGGGAACCUUCAGAGAGUUCAUCCUCUUCGACUCAGACCAGGUAUAUCCUGCUUUUAUUCUUCGCUACAAGCGCUGGUCGGAGGCUGCCUUUUGCAGAUGUAUUCGGGAAACGGCAGAAUCCGAAGACACUGGAAUGGCAGCUGAAGUGUAUCCUCAUGCAGCCAUCCUUGCGGAAGAGCACCCAGACUCCACCGUGAGGUGCCGCUUAUCACUCCUUAUGGAUGCGCACUCAGACUCCGUUGUGCCGGUUCUGUGUGACGCUUUAAAGGAUCGCCGUCGGCGAGUACGUUUGAACGCGACCAAGGCUUUAAAGAACAUGGCUGGCCAGACCACUUCAGUUGAAGCACUUCCGGAUGGCUCUCGAUAUCGUCGCCACAGAGAUGGUGUCCACGUUGUCGUCUCGGCGGUGCCAGCACUGAUGAGUUGUCUCAAAGACUCGGAUAGAUUUGUCCGAAGAGCUGCAGCACGAGCGCUCGAGAGGCUUGGAGAACAUGCUGGGCCAGCAGUGCCUAACUUGAUUAUGAGCCUACGAGAUCGAGAAGAAGAGGUUCGUGCUGCUGUGGCUACUGCAUUAGGUCAACUAGGGCCUGCAGCAAGUGAGGCCCUCCCAGCCUUGCUGCAAGCAUCCUUAGAUCAUGAAGAAAGUGUUCGAGUUGCGGCACUUGGAGCUUUAGGAUUUCUGGGACUGAGCUCCAGUGCUGUCUUAGAGGUGCUCACGGAUGCAUUGCGAGACCCGAGCUCCGAAGUUAAAAGCGCGGUGGCGACAGCACUUGGUAUGCUGAGUGCUGUGACCGCCGUGGAUUCGUUGGCAGAUUGCCUCUCUGAUGGCCAAAGUCAUGUUCGAGCGGCAGCAGCUAAAGCGCUGGGCCAAAUUGGCGGAAAGCACACAGCAAGCGCAGUGCCCCGCUUGACCCAAAGUCUAAAAGACAGCGAUCACGUAGUCCGACGUUCAGCUGCAGUCUCUUUGGGACGCAUUGGGCCGUUUGCAGCUUCAGCAGCGACCAACUUGGCAGAUGCAAUGAGAGAUGGAAACACUCAGGUCAGAGAAGCCGCUGCCACCUCCAUUUGUCGUUUGGGAGUCUCCGAGCGGAUUCCCCACAACGUCUGCAUUCAGUCUUUAGUGAAACGCGGCCUCUCUGAUGCUUGUGCUGAAGUCAGACAAGCUGCCGCGGAAUCCCUGCUUGAGCUGGCGAGAUCCGAUCAGCUUGGCAGCCACAAAAGCACGGUCAGAGAGGCAAUGACAGUUCGCUUGAAGGAUGAAAAUGCCAAAGUGAGAGGCAUUGCGUCAACCUGCCUUGGUCUGAUUCCAGAGGAUGCACCCAAGAAGAAGAAACACAAGGCCAAGAAGAAGGGAGGAGAAUCUGGGCGGGAACACUCGCCGUGUGCGGAUGCGGAGACAGAAGAGGAUCUUGAUCCAGAAGGGGUGCUAGAGCUUGAGGAUAUAGCUCGACUGGUUCUCAGCUUGACGCGGAGGGUGAGAGAUGUAAGACAUGAAGGAAUCUUGCGGAGUGCUUGACGCAUGUCCGCACAAAAGUUCUGCGAGCGACUCUAAAGGAGUCAGAGCACAGACGUUCGAUGAGCCGAUGGAAUCCAAUAGGAUUCCUUAGAAAAAUCCCAGAUUUAGGCUCAACUUCGGCCAGUCGAGGGUGACUGUGAAAGCAUUGGACAACAGAUAUCUGCUCCACCUUGACUGGCCAUACAGAUAAUGUAUACCUUGGUCUUUGGAUCAGUGUUUUCCGAGUGACAACUUAACAUUUAAAAUGCGUGGCCAUGCCCUUGGAACCCUCCAAAACUCC